ACAUCGAUUAAUCAUCUGCACCACGCGAUUUUGAGAACAAAAUCGGUCUUUCGAAUAUCAAAUUAUUUCACAAAUAAAUUCAUUUAUUUACGAUGUUCGGACAACAACCGAUUUUAGUUUUGAGCCAAAAUACAAAACGUGACUCCGGUCGGAAGGUUCAACUGGAUAAUAUUCGUGCUGGAAAAACGAUAGCGGACGUUAUCCGAACAUGCCUUGGUCCACAAGCUAUGUUGAAAAUGCUAAUGGACCCGAUGGGUGGUAUUGUGAUGACAAAUGACGGCAAUGCCAUUCUCCGUGAGAUCACAGUUCAACAUCCAGCUGCUAAAUCAAUGAUAGAAAUUGCUAGAACACAAGACGAAGAGGUUGGCGAUGGUACAACAUCAGUCAUAGUUCUAACAGGAGAGAUACUAGCAGUUGCAGAACCCUUCCUGGCUCAGAACAUACAUCCUACAGUCAUCAUCAGAGAGUUCCGUCAAGCUUUGGAGGAUGCUGUCAAAUUGUUACAGGAAAAAAUCUCCGUUCCAAUUGACUUGAAUGACAGAGACAAGUUAAAGGAAGUGAUCCGAUCUUGUAUAGGCACUAAGUACAUUGGUCGCUGGGCAGACCUUGCUGUGGACAUCGCCCUUGACGCAGUCAAUACUGUGACUAUUGUUGACAAUGGCAGAGUUGAAGUUGAUAUUAAAAAUUAUGCUAAAGUAGAAAAGAUCCCCGGAGGUACAAUUGAGGAGUCCCGUGUGCUGAAUGGAGUGAUGUUCAACAAGGAUGUGACGCACCCCAAGAUGCGACGCGUCAUCGAAAACCCCCGCAUAGUGCUGCUGGACUGCUCCCUCGAGUACAACAAGGGAGAGAGUCAGACUAAUGUUGAAGUGUUCGGUGAUCAGGACUUUACGAAGCUGCUGCAGUUAGAAGAAGAGUUUGUGAAGCGUCAAUGUGACGACAUCAUAGCUCUGAAGCCUGACCUGGUGGUGACGGAGAAGGGAGUGUCAGAUCUGGCACAGCAUUAUCUGGUGCAAGCUGGUAUCACUGCUGUACGGAGGUUACGUAAGACGGAUAAUAACCGGUUAGCGCGCGCGUGCGGCGGCACCAUAGUGAACCGCACGGAGGAGCUGAAGGAGAGCGACGUGGGAACUGCUGCUGGGAGGUUCGAGGUCAAGAAGAUUGGUGAUGAAUACUUCACCUUCGUCACACAGUGCAAGAACCCUAAGGCGUGUACAAUUCUUCUCCGCGGUGCCUCCAAAGAUGUGCUGAAUGAAAUCGAGAGGAAUCUUCAGGAUGCACUCCACGUCGCUAAGAACUUGGUAUGUAUUAUUACAAGUAUACGUCAUUUCAAACAUUUUAACAGCUCAAACUCUUGUCAAUGUUCCGAGCCGGCAAAAUAUUUGGAGAAAAUUAACAUUUUCUGUCUAUACUUACAUAAUAAAGUGUACCUACUUUUUAGGAUGUUAACAAUCAUAGUAUGUUUUUCAUUAUCAAACUCGUAGACUUAAAACAAUCUA